AUGCCAGCCGUGUCUAUCAACGCACCGGCGCAUAGCAGUCCCAAAGACGGCUACUUCAAUCUCGGGACCUACACUCGCAAGAUCAGCACCAAGAACCCUGAGGCUCAGCUGUGGUUCGAUCGCGGCUUAAUCUGGGCAUAUGGCUUCAACAUCAAAGAAGCAUCGAUAUGUUUCGAGAAGGUGAUUCGCCUGGAUUCCGAGUGUGCGAUGGGCUAUUGGGGACUGGCGUAUACCAAAGGGCCUUAUUACAACAAGGCGUGGCGACUCUUUGACCCGAAGGAACUCAAGGAAGCUCUGGUGAUAACUUAUGAGACUUCACGCAAAGCACAGGAGCUUGCACAUAAUGCCACGCCUGUGGAGAAAGCUCUCAUCAAGGCUAUUGUUGCCAGGUAUCCUCAGAAGACACCGGCCGAAGACUAUCAACCAUGGAAUGUAGCAUACGUUGAUGCAAUGGAAGAAGUCUACAAGUCCUACAAAGACGACCUUGAUGUCGCUUGCCUGUACGCCGAGUCACUAAUGGUCCUGACACCUUGGGCUCUAUGGAACAUCCACACCGGAGAACCUGGUCGAGGAGCGCGUCCAUACGAAGCAAAAGAAGCACUGGAUCAUGCUUUUACUCUUCCCGGAGCUUGGGGACAUCCAGCUCUACUGCACUUCUACAUUCAUCUGAUGGAAAUGUCAAAGACACCUGAGUGUGCUGUGCAAGCAGCAGAUAGUCUGCGCGGUCUCGUACCCGACAGCGGUCACUUGGAACACAUGCCAUCUCACUUGUAUGUCCUCAUUGGAGACUACAGAGCCGGCAUCGCUGCCAAUGCUUCUGCUGUUCGUGCCGAUGAUGCAUAUGUGGCUAAAAUGCAAGGCAAUGAGAUGUAUACCUUUUAUCGUGCCCACAACUCGCACUCUCUCAUCUAUGCAGCUUUGCUAUCUGGCAAAUCAGAAGUUGCUCUCCAGAACUGUACACUUAUGGAGAACUACCUCCCGGAAGAGCUUCUCGCCAUUGAAUCCCCAAACAUGGCAGACUGGCUCGAGUCCUUCCUGGGUGUUCGCGCUCACCUGCUCGUCAGAUUCGGCCGCUGGGAAGAAAUCCUGGCCCUAGAAAUGCCAAAGAACAAAAGACUCUACUGCGUAACCACAGCGACUCUACACUACGCCAAAGGUGUAGCCCACUCAGCCCUCGGCAAUAUCACCGCUGCCGAAAAAGAGCAACAACUCUUCCUCUCUGCCCAAAAACUCGUCCCAGAGUCCCGCUUCGACUUCCCCAACAAAUGCACCGAUAUCCUUAGAGUCGGUGAAGCCAUGCUAGCAGGAGAAAUCGAAUACCGCAAGGGCAACUUCGACCUCGCCUUUCAACACCUCCGCGAAUCCAUAACACGCGACGAUAAUCUAGUCUACAGUGAGCCUUGGGGCUGGAUGCAACCUACCAGACACGCCUACGCUGCUCUGUCACUCGAGCAAGGUCUAGUGGAGCAAGCAGCACAAGCCUACGCCGAAGACCUCGGUUUCGUGUCUUCUAUCCCCCGCGGUCACCAACAUCCCAAUAACGUCUGGGCAUUGGUCGGAUAUCGAGAAUGUCUAAAGUCGUUGGGCAGGGAAGCAGAGUUUAACCAGCUGGAGCAACCCUAUCAGUUGGCAAUACAAAUGGCGGAUAUCAACGUGACUUCAUCCUGCUAUUGUAGGAGAAUGAGUGAGCAAGCAGAGAGCAAAGAGGCAAAGUGCAACGGCUCUUGCUAA